GCGAUGCUUAGUGUUACUCUGUGAUGAGGAGGCCAUUCCAACAGAUCCAGUAAAUUAACCCUCCAAAUGACUGAUCCUAAACUUCCUCAGAUAGCCAUUCUUGGAGCUGGCAUCUUCGUCAAAACCCAAUACAUUCCCAGAUUAGCUGAGAUCUCUCACCUUUUCGUCCUUAAAGCCAUUUGGAGCCGCACUGAGGAGUCGGCUCGAAGUGCUGUUGAGCUAGCAAAAGAGCAUUUUCCUUGUGUGGAAUGUAAGUGGGGAGAUGCUGGUCUUGAUGACAUUAUCAAUGAUGCUUCCAUCCUUGGAGUUGCUGUUGUUCUUGCUGGACAGAUUCAGGUGGAGAUGUCAUUGAGACUUCUAAAAGGAGGCAAACAUGUCCUACAAGAGAAGCCUGCUGCUGCUUGCAUUGCAGAGGCAGAAAAUGCACGAAUGCACUAUAAUUCUCUUGCUACAAUCAUGACUCAAGAACCGAUAUGGGCUGUUGCAGAGAAUUAUCGUUUUGAACCUGCUUUCACUGAGAGCAAUAAAAUGAUUGCUGAAAUAGGGGAUAUGAUGAAUGUUCAAGUUAUUGUUGAAGGGUCAAUGAAUAGCUCGAACCCUUACUUCUCAAGCUCUUGGAGGCGCAACUUCUUUGGUGGUUUCAUUCUAGACAUGGCUGUGCAUUACGUUGCUGGAUUAAGAAUGCUUCUUGGGUGUGAGAUAGCUUCCGUCUCUGCUAUGACAUCUCAUGUAGAUACGGCCUUGCCUCCGCCCGAUAAUGUUUCUGCAUUAUUCCAACUGGAGAAUGGAUGUUCUGGAGUGUUUGUGAUGGUUGUUUCGUCAAGAUCACCAAAGGUAGUGUGGCGAGUUGUGGGCUUAAGGGGAACGCUGCAAGUUGAGCGAGGAAAUAAAGAUGGAAAGCAUGGCUAUUCGGUACAUCUAUAUACUGCCGACGGGCACAGCAAAAGCUUCUUCUAUCCAUUCAGUGGCGUCCUGGAAGAACUUAAAGCUUUUUUGUCAGAUAUUUCAUUGGCGGCACAUCAAAAGGUGGGUGGCAAGUAUAAAGGUGAACCACGCCUGUCAUAUGCUGAAGGGUGCAAGGAUGUCGCGGUCUUAGAAGCGAUGCUUGAAUCCGGAAAGAGACAUGGUGCCCCUGUCCAAGUUAAACACUUCUAACCUAUUAUUAUUAUUAUUAUUAUUAUUAUUAUUAUUGACAAGUAUUGUUUAGCUCUGGGUGGUGCUUGUUCCUUUCCAUUGGUGGUUUUGUUUUAUACUUACAAAUGAUUGUUCAAGUUUGUUGUGAAUAUGCUGAACAAAAACCUGCAAGAAUAACACAGCUA